CAGCCUGGACUCAGAGCUAGAAUAAAGAGCUGGUUGUUUUGAGAGCUGUGUCUUCAUCCUUCUUACCCACUAUUCAACAUCAACCAUUGCGUUCCCCCCCCCCCCUAGAGAGGAGAGGAAAUCCCGAGAGGAAGCGACUCUUUGUUUCCGCAAUCCCACGACAUAUAAUUAGCAGAGUAGGAAAAAACAGCAGCAAAAAAAUUCAAUCAGCAGAGAAAUUUAUUACCAAUACAGUACUUUUCUAUGCCUGAAAAAUGCAACCAUGACACUUUAAAGGUCAGCACCAAGAGUUUGAAUUGUGCUCGGAAAUGCGCUGAGAGCCAGGGAAGAUCCUUUAGGACCAGUGAUAUGUGGUCCUGGCGGCUGCUCCUAGGUCCACAUUAUUUGGAGUUUUUGAGUCACCUUCAAAGGUAGCCCCAUGUUGAGCACAUGGCAAUAGUCUAAGCAGGAGAUAACCAGAGCAGGCACCACUCGGGGGGGGGCAGUCUGCAGGCUGGUAGGGUCUCAGCCUGUGUACCAGACAGCUGCCCUGGACCCAGAACUGACCUGCGUCUCCAUGGACAGCUGUGAGUCCAAAAUGACCCCCAGGCUGAGUACCUGGUCCUUUAGGGGCACAGUUAACCCAUCAGGACCAGGGAGUCCCCCCCACCUGCCCGCCCUCUGUCCCCCCAAAUUGUUACUUCUGUCUUGUCAGGGUUCAACCUAAAUCUGUUAGCCGCCAUCCAUCCUCCAACCACCUCUGGAAAUGCGCACAAGGAAUUGCCUGCCUUCACUGGUUCCAAUUUAAAAGAGAGGAAGAUCUGGGAAUCAUCCACAGUUUCAGUUCCAGGAUGAGGCCUGAAUCCCAAUUGGAAGGAUAAUGGUGGCAGAAGCUUUCCUGGUCCUGCAGCCCACAAAAGUUCCAGGCACAAUACUUUUAUUAGCUUUGAAGGGGCCAUAGGAUACUUGGUGGUCUUUCCUUCAAAAGGCAAAUAUUUGGAAUACUUUGACAGUGACAUAUGGUGAAAAUAGCACUUCUGUUUUCCUUAUUCAACAUCGGACAGACUUUGAUACACAGGUCUGAGCUCAUCUCUCCAUCCAAAACUGCUGUGUUAGCAGCAAUGGAAGCCUGGGCAGUGUGGUUGGGGGUCCUGGGCUGCCUAGAGAACAAGACCCCCUCCUCAGCCUGGCUGAUAUGGUCCCAAGGAAAGCAGAGCAGUAUGUUUGGCACCAGUUUGGCUGCAGGAGUUGCUGGAAGGAGGUGUGCAGGACACCAUCCAACGGUCUUAGAGAGGUUCUCCUCCAGAGCCUUUUCUUCUCCUGAAAAUAACUGACGAGUUAGCGAAGGUUUAGGAUCAGGGUUUUCCUUCUCAAUGGGCUCCCUUCCUUUCUCGGUUGACGAGCCCCACCUUCCCUUCACUUUCCUCUGCAACAUGGACAGAAUCUGCCUUCCUGACUGUGAGAUUCACUGUUGUUCUCAUCCUCUCCAUCCACCAGGGCCUGCCUUCACCUGCAGCAGAAUUCCCCAACCCACCAAGGAUUUGAGACCCAUCAGCUAUCCUCACCUGGCUUUGCCGGCCAGUUGAAGCCGUUGCUUGGAUCCUGGCCCCUGUUGCAUGCUGACAGCUUCUGGAAGCCACAGGACUUCUUCUCAGCCCACCCUGAGGAAAGUGAUGGAGAAGAGAGUCAGAAUUCCAGGAAUAGACAUCAAAAUGUGUGAAAUGUGUAAUAUGCUUCACUGAAUGAGCACACAUAGCUCACAUCUCAAAAAGGGGAGAAACCGUUUAAAGGUAUGGAGAAUGGAAAGAGUUUAACUGAUAGUGGAACACUUAGAACACAUCAGGGGACUCACAUGGGCAAGAAAAGAUUCCAAUGCAAGGAGUCUGGAAAGAGGUUCAAUCAGAGGGGAAACCUUAAUAUACAUCAGCGGACUCACACAGGUGAAAAACUAUAUAAAUGUAUGGAGUGUGGAAAGAGCUUUAGUAAUAGUGGAAGCCUUAGACAACAUCAACAGACUCACACAGGAGAGAAACCAUGUAAAUGUAUGGAGUGUGGAAAGAGCUUUAGUAAUAGUGGAAGCCUUAGACAACAUCAACAGACUCACACAGGAGAGAAACCAUGUAAAUGUAUGGAGUGUGGAAAGAGCUUUAGUAAUAGUGGAAGCCUUAGACAACAUCAACGGACUCACACAGGAGAGAAACCAUAUGAAUGUAUGGAGUGUGGAAAGCACUUUAGUGAUAAUGGAAACCUUAGAAGACACCAACGGACUCACACAGGAGAGAAACCAUAUGAAUGUAAUGAGUGUGGAAAGCACUUUAGUGAUAAUGGAAACCUUAGAAGACACCAACGGGUUCACACAGGGGUGAAACCUUUUAAAUGCAUGGAGUGUGGAAAGAGCUUCAGUUGGAGUGGACAACUCCAUAUUCAUCUACAGACUCACACGGGAAAAAAACCAUUUAAAUUUAUGGAGUACGGAAAAAGCUUCAGUCACAGUGGAGACCUUAAAUUACACCAGCGAACUCACAUGGGAGAAAAACCAUAUGAAUGCAUGGAGUGUGGAAAAAGCUUCCGUUUCAAUGCAAGCCUUAAAACACAUCAACGGACUCACACAGGAGAGAAACCAUUUAAGUGCAUGGAGUGUGGAAAGGGCUUCAGUUUCAAUGCGUCCCUUAGAAGGCACCAACGGACUCACACAGGAGAGAAACCAUAUAAAUGCAUGGAGUGUGGAAAGAGCUUCUGUCAGAGUGGACAACUCAAUAUACACCUACAGAUUCACACAGGGGAGAAACCAUUUAAAUGCAUGGAGUGUGGAAAGAGCUUCAGUUUCAAUGCGUCCCUUAGAAGGCACCAACGGACUCACACAGGAGAGAAACCAUAUAAAUGUAUGGAGUGUGGAAAGAGGUUCAGUUUAAAUGCAAACCUUAGAAGCCAUCAACGGACUCACACGGGUGAAAAACCAUAUAAAUGUAUGGAGUGUGGAAAGAACUUCAGUAAGAGGGUACAACUCAAUAUACACCUUCAGAUUCACACAGGGGAGAAACCAUUUAAAUGCAUGGAGUGUGGAAAGAGCUUCAGUUUAAAUGCGUGCCUUAGAAGACACCAACGGAAUCACACAGGAGAGAAACCAUAUAAAUGUAUGGAGUGUGGAAAGAGUUUCAGUCACAGUGGACAAUUCAACAUACAUCUAGAGACUCACACAGGGGAGAAGCCAUUUAAAUGCAUGGAGUGUGGAAAGAGCUUCAGUUUAAAUGCAAACCUUAGAAGCCAUCAACGGACUCACACGGGUGAAAAACCAUAUAAAUGUAUGGAGUGUGGAAAGAGUUUUAGUGAUAAUGGAAACCUUGGAAAACAUCAACGGACUCACACAGGAGAGAAACCAUAUAAAUGUAUGGAGUGUGGAAAGAGCUUCAGUUGGAGUGGACAACUCAAUAUUCAUCUACAGAAUCACACAGGAGAGAAACCAUUUAAAUGCAUGGAGUGCGAAAAGAGCUUCAGUUUCAAUGAGUCCCUUAGAAGACACCUACGGACUCACACAGGAGAGAAACCAUAUAAAUGUAUGGAGUGUGGAAAGAACUUCAGUAGGAGUAGACAACUCAAUAGACAUCUACAGAUUCACACAGGGGAGAAACCAUUUAAAUGCAUGGAGUGCGAAAAGAGCUUCAGUUUCAAUGAGUCCCUUAGAAGACACCAACGGACUCACACUGGAGAGAAACCAUAUAAAUGUAUGGAGUGUGGAAAGAGUUUUAGUGAUAAUGGAAACCUUAGACAACAUCAACGGACUCACACAGGAGAGAAACCAUAUAAGUGUAUGGAGUGUGGAAAGAGUUUCAGGCACAGUGGAAAUCUUAGAAAACAUCAGCGGACACACGGGAAAGAAACCAUAUAAAUGUAUGGCAUGUGGAAGGAACUUCAGUCAGAGGGGAGCCCUUGAUUUAAGUCAAGAAACUUACAGAAGAGACAAACCAUAUAAAUGUCAGGAAAGUAGAUAGAGGGUCAGUCCUAGUGGAAGUCCUAUAUCAACAGACUCAUGAGCACGAAGAACUUUAAUAGUUUAACCGUACAAACCCAUCAACAACUCAAGAGGAGAAGCAGUUUAAAUGGAAAGAUUUGCAGAAAGUGCUUUUGUUAUAAUGGAGUGUUUAAGAAACAUCUUGGGACUCUCACAGGGGAGAACCCAUUUAGAUGUAUGGCAUGUGGGACGUGUUCCUCUCAGAAUCCACUCUUUUCUUCACAGCAAUGAACUCAGCAGGAAAUCAGUCUUCAAAGCAUGAUGUGUAUGUGAAGGUCUUGUGUUUAUAUGUAAAGCUGAACAGUAAUGAAAUAUUUAAGGCAAUGUCUCACAAUAGGGAGUAUAAUUUUAGAUACCUUUUGAUAGAGAGGGGAAAUCUGGAUUGCUGGUGGGGAGUGAGGAUUAGGGCUGGCCGAUAUAUUAAUAUCUUGUCCAAUACCGGUUUCUAGACCACAUCGUGAUAACCUUUGAAAAACAAUUGAUAUGGCAAUAAACCACGAAUCACACUGUGUGUUUCUAGGAUGUACCUGGAAGCAGCCGGCAGAAAACUUUGCUUCGUGAAGCCCCUGAAGAUGCCCAGUUGCUGACUUCCCUCCCAGACGACAGGAAGUGAAAAACACACCUUCAUUGCAGUGUGUCGUUCCAGCCUCUUUCUUCCUUGCUCCCUUUUGCCGGUGUGUGUGUCUGACUUAGAUAUACUGUGGGCGUAUUUUUUUGUACUGCUGAAACUGGAUUUGCUCUCAGGAGCUAAGCUUUAUGCCUCACUGGGGACCCACUGAGAAUUGUAUGCUUUGAACCCUCAGUAAACUAUUACUGAAGAAGUCCUCCUGCCUGUGUGUUUUGUUGUUGUUGUUGUUCUUGUUGUUGUUGUUGUUUUGACCUCUGCAUGGGAAUUGCUCUGCACGUGGCCCCUUCCCCGCUGAUACUUAGUUUAUGCCCUGGAGUUGCUGUACUCAAGCAUGCAAGAUGGGUGUGUUUGUGUGUGUGUGUGUGUGUGUGUGUGUGUGUGUGUGUGUGACUGGUUUUUCCACCAAACUCUGUCCCCCCUCCCCCCACCACAUGAUCUCCAAACACUGCUUCUUCACUAGAACUUAUCCCUGCCUCCUACAUAUUCUGAAGAAAACUUUAAAUUCUGUAAUUUAAUGGGAGAUUCCCCGCCCCUAAGCCUAAUUGCAAGAGGGGGAAGGAGGGGCU